AUGAAGUCUCUCAAAGGAACCAAGAUUUGCGUAAGCAAUCCUUCAGGUAACUUUGCUAUCCCUACCAAUACCAAGGGUGACACUUCUGUCGCCACCACUGCAGCGCCAAUUCCAUCCAAGGUACCUAAUGACACGAACAAGAAUUGUAGACAAUACGCGGUGGUGAAGGAGGGUGAAGACUGCUCCAACCUUCUGGCUGCUUCGGCUAUUACUAUGGACGACUUCUUGGUUCUUAAUCCACAAGUCUGGAGAAAUUGCACCAACCUCUGGCUGGACUAUAGCUACUGCGUGAAACCUGUCGGUGCCAUCUCGACCUAUCCUGGAUAUGGAGGAACAGCUGCCCUAAGUGCCACCUCGCGACCUUUCAAGAAGACAGAGUCAACCGACCAGUCUAGUCACAAUGGUACUGAUCCACUUGACCGUUUCCCGUCUACGGAUGACAUUGUUCCCAUUGCCAACGGGACACGGCUGGAUUGCGCACUGACGGCAAUCUACGGCAUUGAACCCGAGGAGUUUAUUCUGUGGAAUCCGUCACUGACUGAUGCUAAUAAAACUGAGGAGGACUUUGACGCAGAUGCACCGUCAGCCACAGGCACCAUGACAUACAGGAAUGACUUUGCCUACCCGUGCACCGUCUCGUCGAGCGUCUCGUACUGCGUCGGUCUUUUGUCAGCAACUACUCCCGCUGCGGCAGAAAAGGAAAUCGAGACGCUGACCCCUCGCGCUGCAGGUAAGGUAGCGAACUAUACAAUGUGGUUCCGCGUUAGACGUGCAGCCAGGUGCAAUGACGUGAUGGCAACCAAUGGUUUAGAACUCGGAGAGUUUUACAAAAUGAAUCCAAGCAUCAAGUCGGACUGCACAGGCUUAGUCCUUGGAACCUAUUAUUGUCGGUUAACAUAUCCACGCGGUAACAGCGUAGGAAUACCGGGAUGGGCCUCUACGACUGAGUCAGAGUCAGAGUCAGUAACUGCAUCUGCAUCAGCGACCAAGACAUCUACAUCUACAAGCAGCACAAAUUCGGGCACACCCUCUCCCUUGCAGACUGGUAUACUCAAAACGUGCAACGACUACCACAAAGUGAUCAAGGGAGAUACUUGCUAUAAUAUUGCCCAGGGGGCCAAGAUAGAGCUUGAAACAUUCUACAAAUGGAAUCCGGCUGUCAAGUCGGAUUGCUCAGACCUUGAACUGGACACAUAUGUUUAUAUUAGUUCAACUUAG